AAGAGCGAGCGCAAAGUGACAAGACCUCUUCACUCCGCCAGAUAACAUCCACAACGUUAUGAGAAUACAGAAACCAAAGCAACAGCGGAAGUAAGACGAGAAAAGAAGGAAACGUCUGCUGCUGUUGAACCAGGGACCGCCACUGGAUCACUUUAUACCGGCACAUGUAGCGUCUUGCUCUUGAUGAUAAGCAUCUGCGCAGAAGUCGUUCUCUGGCCGCUAUAGAGAGGUUGCGCUUGGAAGUGUACGAAACUUUUUGAUAUUUUGUUUUGCCUGUGACGUUUUGGAAUUAGAUUUAUUAAACGUCGACUUUCCGUUAUACUGUGGAUUUUAAAGGAGAAAAAGAAGGCUUAUAUAUAGUGUGGAUUUUCUCCGCUUUCUUUUCUUUAGUACUAUUCUUUUAUUUUACUCUUAUCGCUAUUAUUUAUAUAGUAGCCUCUUAUAUUUUCUGGAGGAGCGCUACCGCUCAAGACGCCCGUUUUCGUGGAUUCGACGCAGGUGCUUCGGUCCUGAAGCGCAGAAUGGAAUUAUUACUUUGACCCACGAUAUCACGGUUCAUUCAUAUUCAGCAGCUUCGCUUUUGACUGUUUUGAGAGCCAAAGACUGUUCAGUGAACACACCACUGGAAUUACAACCAUGAACGUUGUCGUUUAUUCGAUACAAUUAUUCUUUGUGGCUCUCCUUCAUCUGUCUGCUGUUAAGGCUGCCCACAUACCUAAAGAAGGGAUGAAGGGCAAAAAUGAGGUGAUUCCCUUCAUGGAUGUGUACAAAAAGAGUGCAUGUAAGACGCGAGAGUUGCUGGUAGACAUCAUUCAGGAGUAUCCUGACGAGAUCGAGCACACCUACAUCCCGUCCUGUGUGGUUCUCAUGCGCUGUGCAGGCUGCUGCAACGACGAAGCACUCGAGUGUGUCCCUACAGAGACCCGCAACGUCACCAUGGAGGUACUGCGAGUCAAACAACGUGUUUCGCAGCAUAAUUUUCAACUGAGUUUCACAGAACACACCAAGUGUGAAUGCAGGCCAAAGGUAGAAGUCAAAUCAAAGAAAGAAAACCACUGUGAGCCUUGCUCAGAGAGAAGAAAGCGCUUGUAUGUGCAGGACCCCCUCACCUGUAAAUGCUCCUGCAAAUUCACACAAUUGCAAUGCAAGUCCAGACGACUUGAGUUAAACGAAAGAACUUGCAGAUGUGAAAAGCCAAGAUGAUGAGUGUCGUGCUGGGCAGAACAAUGAAUGAAGGAUUUUUUUUUUUUUUUUACGGCACAGCACUUUUUAAACCUGAGGAUGCAUUCCCUGGACGAACUGCAAAAACUAGCCUGAACGAAAAGACAGAAUGAAACGAGGGCAGGAGAUACCAUCCCGAUGUAAAUUUUUAAGAUAGUAAUAUAUGAAUAUAUAGAAUAUAUAUUAUAUAUAUGAAAUGACAAUGACAAUGUGUGUCGCUGCUAUCACCUACAAGUAAACGAAGACGCUGCUUGGCGUGUGAAUGGGAUAUAUUUCAGUGUCACUGCACCUGGGCCUGUGAUUGGACAGAACACAGUGAGGUAACGCUGUGGAUUCAUAUUUAAAGACUCGGAUCGAAUGUCCAAGACUUCAGUGAAAGGUGCAAACGACAGCCUCCAACCCUUUACAUGAACAGUUACAGACUGUCAAUCAAAGGAAAGGAUAGCGAUUCUUUCCGGAAUGUUCGGAACAGUGGGUCCAGGCAUGGGAUACGAAUGCGGAACUAUCUCUUUCUGUGAUGUCACUCUCGCUAGGGUGAAGUCACCCUGUACUGACUAACAUCCAAUAGGACUUGGUGUGAUAAUACUAAAGGGAUAUUACAUAUAUGUACAUAUGGAGAUAAAAUAAAAAAAAAGGUACAAAAUUCAAAUCGUUUCUGACUUUUGCUAAGGAACAGACUCGUUCCAUUCACCGCAGUAGUAAAAGAUAACACAAAUAUCUAAGUUUAACGUUUUCCAAAGAGAAUAUUGCACAGGAGUUUAGGAACUGUUCAUUACCACACAACAUCUGUGUAUUCAUAUCUAAUAUCCCUUUGUGUAGUUCACUACAUCUAAUUUAUAAUGUUAGAAUAUGUUCAGUAUUCUGUGUAUUUAAUUUGAUCUAUUUAUAUUCAGUGUUAUUGUUGAUAUUGUUUUGAUUUGUUUCCUAUUGACAUUGUCACCAAUUUGAAAAACUGUGGACGGCUUUAAAGAGCGAAAGACAAAAGAUAAACAAACACUUCAACAUUCCUGAAGCGCCUUUUUAUUGUCACGUUUCUGUCUGAGCGAUCAGUUUGGCGGAGAUACGAGGCCUGCGGACGAGGUUUUAUGAUCGAAAAACAAACAUUCUCUUUGUAUGAAAGUGCCAGAAAUUAGUUUUUGUUUGUUUGUUUGUUUGCCAUGUACAGCCACAUUUUCAGUAUAUUUUCACAGUAAUAUAUUUAUUGGUGCUGUUAAAUAUUAACAUCCUUUUGUGUUUUUAGUAUAACUAGUAAACAUAUUUAUUUUCAAAUGAUAUUGUUUUUUAUUAAAGCUAAAAUGGA